AUGUGGUCGUGGUGCUGCUGGGAGGUCAAUGGCGGGAAGUAUGAGUGGGGAAGCGCCGACGACGAGGAGCUGAGAUCGUUCUCGGAGGUAGAGAAGGACGCUUUGAGGAGGAGGACGCUGGCCAGGCGCAAAGAGCACUUGUUCAACCCGGCUGAGCCAGAGAAACAACCUGAGCCCAGAAGGCCUUCGCAGAGUCCGAGGAGGAAGAUGCAGAGUAUUCAGAUGUCAGAGAUUUACUGCGAUCAGUAUCUAGACAUCUGA